ACUUUCACUACAGAACUCAUCACUUUCUCCGAAAGCUCAGCUGGUCUUUCAGCAUUCCUACCUAUUUAUUACACUAGCAAAUUAGUAAUGGCAUUUUUACCCAGAGCCUUUCUUCUGCUGCUUCUGGCAGUAGUUUGUAUUCAGCUGAGCGGAGUUCUAGCUGAUGGACCUGACAGGUGCUGGUGUUUGAACACUUUGAAGAAACGUGUCCCAAGAGAAGAUAUUGAAGAGUUCUCUAUUUUCCCCAGAAGAUCAUAUUGUAAAAGCGUUGAAAUCAUACUGACACUGAAACCUGUGAAUAACUCAUCUGAAGUCAUCCAGCGCUGCUUGAGUCCAGACUCAAAACAAGGCAUUAACCUGCAGCUUUGUUGGAACAGGAAGAACAUCAACAAGACCUCCACAUUUAAGAUAUCCAACUGUUUCUAAAGCCAUACGUUACAGUGCAGAAGCAGA